AUGUCCAAAGUCAUAAGCUGUCCUUUCAGGCAAGGGGUUCCCAGACUGGGGUCUGGGGACCCCCAGGCAUCCACGCGUCUCCGAGCGUACGCCAAGAAGGGCUUCGGCAAGGAGCACGCCAAGUGGAACCCCACCGCGGGGGUGUCCUUCGAGUACGACCCCGACAACGCCCUCCGACACACGGUCUACCCCCGCCCGGAGGAAUGGCCGAAGAGCGAGUACUCGGAGAUCGAGGAAGACGAGGUGCAGGCGCCCUACGACCCCAACGGCAAGCCAGAGAGGUUCUAUUACAACGUGGAGUCGUGUGGCUCGCUGCGGCCCGAGACCAUCGUCAUGUCGGCGCUGGCCGUGCUCAAGAAGAAGCUGAGCGACCUGCAGACCCAGCUGAGCCAUGAGAUCCAGAGCGACGUGCUCACCAUCAACUGAGCCAGCACUGACCCAGUACUGACACAGAGCUCCGACAUCAUCAACUGAGCCAGCACUGACCCAGUACUGACACACAGCUCCUACACCAUCAACUGAGCCAGUACUGACACACAGCUCCUCCACCAUCUACACCAUCAACUGAGCCAGCACUGACCCAGUACUGACACACAGCUCCUACACCAUCAACUGAGCCAGUACUGACCCAGUGCUGACACGCAGCUCCUACACCCUCAACUGAGCCAGCACUUACCCAGUACUGACACACAGCUCCUACACCAUCAACUGAGCUAUGACCCAAUACUGUCUUACUUUUCACACCCUCACUGGCCUCCCUGUGCUGAUGUACUGAGCUGCAGGUCAAUCAGAUGUUCUCAUGUGUGGAUUAUUUGGACGGUUAAUCCUACUCUCUCAUCAUAUCAGCUCGUUUAAAGUGCUCAGUGAAGCUCAGCAGCCUUAAUCCAGAAACACUCCUGUUUUAAGUGCUGAGGCACUCCCAUGCGUUUGGACAAUGGCAGGGCCGCCCAAAAAUUAAACCAAGCUCACCUCAUACCAUCACAGACCAUCCUUUAGUUUCACCUAAUGCCAUUGUGCUGUUCAGCCAAUGGAAGCCUGGUUGGUGCGUUCUCACGGUGGGGCUGGGAGAUCAGUAGAAAGGUGGAUUUUUUUUCCUGUGCAUUAUUUGAACUGUUUGAAUGAUUCAAUCUGGUUUAGAAAAUGAGAUCUGGUUAUGUACCCACUGUUUUAUACAAAAUAAAAAUGUUUGUCCUGUUAAA